GGGACCGGGCGCGGCGCAGAGCCGAGGAUGCUGCGGGCGGGGGCCGCCGUCGCCAGCCUCGGUGCCGGUCCCGGUGCCGGUCCCGGUGCCGGUCCCGGGCGGGAGGGAGCCCCGGCGCAUCCCGCCCGCUGAGCCCGGCCCGGCCCGGCCAUGGGGGCUCUGACCAGCCGGCAAGACGCAGGCGUGGAGGAAGUGGAUGUCCCCGCUAAUUCCGUCUACAGAUACCCCCCGAGAUCCGGGAGCUACUUCGCCAACCACUUCAUCAUGGGCGGCGAGAAGUUCGACUCCACUCAUCCCGAGGGAUACCUCUUCGGAGAGAACAGCGACCUCAACUUCCUGGGGAACCGGCCCGUGGUGUUCCCUUACGCUGCUCCACCUCCUCAGGAACCUGUGAAGACCCUCAGGAGCUUGAUCAACAUCCGCAAGGACACCCUGCGCCUCGUCAAGUGCUCAGAGGAGGUGAAGACCCCGGGGGAGGAAGUCAGCAAGGCCAAGGUGCACUACAACGUGGAGUUCACCUUCGACACGGACGCCCGCGUGGCCAUCACCAUCUACUACCAGGCCAGCGAGGAGUUCCACAACGGGGUGGCGAGCUACGUCCCCCGGGACUCGAGCCUGCAGUCGGAGACAGUGCACUACAAGCGGGGGGUGUGCCAGCAGUUCUGUGUGCCCUCCCACACCAUCGACCCCUCCGAGUGGAGCGAGGAUGAGCUGGGCUUCGACCUGGACCGGGAGGUGUACCCCAUGGUGGUGCAGGCGGUGGUGGAUGAAGGAGAGGAGCACAGCGGCCACUGCCACGUGCUGCUGGCCACCUUCGAGAAGCACAGUGAUGGCACCUUCUGCGUGAAGCCCCUCAAGCAGAAGCAAGUGGUGGAUGGUGUGAGCUACCUCCUGCAGGAGAUCUAUGGCAUUGAGAACAAGUACAACACCCAGGACUGCAAAGUGGCCGAGGACGAGGUGAGCGACAACAGCGCCGAGUGCGUGGUGUGCCUGUCGGACGUGCGGGACACGCUCAUCCUGCCCUGCCGCCACCUCUGCCUCUGCAACACCUGCGCUGACACCCUGCGCUACCAGGCCAACAACUGCCCCAUCUGCAGGCUGCCUUUCCGAGCCUUGCUUCAAAUCCGAGCCAUGAGGAAGAAGCUGGGGCCCCUCUCGCCCACUGGCUUCAACCCCAUCAUCUCCUCACAGACCUCCGACUCUGAGGAGCAUUCGUCCUCAGAGCACAUCCCCCCGGGCUAUGAGGUCGUGUCCCUGCUGGAGGCUCUCAAUGGGCCGCUGAUGCCAUCCCCGGUGCCACUGCGCAGGCUGGGGGAGCCCCCGGGCGCGGGACCCCUGCCCUGCUAUGAUGGGUCCCUGCCCCCCCGGCGGGCUCUGUCACCCCUUGAGCGCGUCCCCGCCUGCGGCACCCCGGGACUCAAGGUGAAGAGGAGCAUCUCCAAGUCCAUCUCGCAGGACUCCUCCAUCCUGCCUGAAGAGGAGGAUGAGAAGUCGUGCACCGAGUCGGAGCUGAGGGUCUCCAGGAGGAGAUCCCCUGCCCGGUGCCAGGAGGAGUGUGGUGCAACACCAGAGAGUGAAAACUUCACCCUGUCAUCAUCAGGAGCCAUCGACCAGUCUUCGUGCACCGGGACACCCCUCUCCUCCACCAUCUCGUCCCCAGAAGUGGCCCCGCUCAGCCCCUUCUCUCCUGCAGAGCCCGUCAGCAGCAGCCUGGCCCAGUCCGUCAUGUCCAUGGCCUCCUCCCAGAGCCAGCACUCCCAGCUCAGCACCGACACCGUAUCCUCCAUGUCCGGCUCCUACAUCACUCCUGGCACGGAGGAGGAAGAGGAGGAGGAAGGGGAAAUGCUCCCCUCACCCGCAGGUGCCAGCGCCACAGCCUCUGACGGAGAGUCGACGCCUGUGGAGUCCCCGGACAUCAACUUCGUCAGCAUCUCAGCCGAGGAGCGCGAUGCCGAGGGCAACGACGUGCUGGAGGAUGAGGACGUGUCUCCCACCCAGGAAGAUGGUAAAAGGCCCCGGGUCACUGUUGUCCCCUCACUCUCCGUUGGCUGUCACCGGUGGGCAGACGCUGGCUGUGCCCAGCUCCCCUGCCUGCCCCCUGCCACCCAUGGGUGACUCCAUGGGCACUGGGGCUGGGAAAGCAUCCCAGUGGGGUCACCCAUGGGUGGGUUGAACACCAGUGGUGGGGGGAAUCCAGGCGGCCACAGGGACCCUGGUGAGCACAGUGUGGGAUGUGCAACAGGUGAUGGUUGGCAUGCAGCAUCCAAUGGUGUUUCCAUUGGGAAAGAGGCUCCUCUGUGAUUUUUCCCUUUGCUAGGAAGAUCUUUCCUUGCACCUCUGAAAGUCUCCCCCUUAGGGGUCCUGGUCUGGGCUGGUUCCCAUAGGAAGGGGCUGCAAAACUUUCCCCUUUGGGAUGCUUUCCUGACUUCUUUAUGGCCUGUCCUCAAUGUGCUUUCACAAGCCAACAAGUGUGCACUGAGGGCUCCUCUCACCUCCUCCCUUGUGCCCAAAUAAGCCAAGGAAAGACGUGGUCACCCCUGUGCCUUCGGCCACCAGCCACGUUGGAUUUCUGUUGGGCUAUAGGGAGCCCCCCAGUGUGCCCUAUCCCACGUUUUCAAGUCUCUGGUUAGCAAAACUGUGCCAAAGCAGUUCCCCCAUCCAGCCUGGACACUCAGCUGAGCUGGAAAGCAGGAACACCCAUCCCCAGAACCGGGCCUCUGCCUUCGAGGAGGCUCUUGCUGAUGGGGAGACUUGUAUAUGACAACUGGGAGCGACCAGGGGCUGUGGUGGACAUCCAUGGGCAUCCCAAGAACUCUGGGAGCAGGACGGCCUCUCUCCUUAGGACAUGGUCCUGCAUCUGUUUGCAAUGGGGCUACUUAUUUGGGAACAUCCCUCCUGGGGUUUGCAUCUGAUGGAUGCAAGUCAGAAUCUGGAGGAGAUCUCUUGUAGAGGUGAUGCUCAAAAGCAGAGUUAUCCCCCACGGCCUCCAUCCCCCUGCAAAGCUUGGCUACAGCUUCUUCUGCCCCACGCAUCCGGUUGCUGCCUCCUCCCGGCAUCCCUGCAGCUCCCACACGCGCUGAUGGUGAUGGAGAGGCUCCAGCGGGAGGUGACGGUGACACCGUGACCCGGCUCUAUUGACCGGGGAGCACCCGGCCGGGCCAGGGGGAGGUUUGGUGAACCCCGGGUUCACGUGUGCCCAUCACCACAUCGUUGCUGUUUCGCUGCCCUGCGAUGCGGCCGGCGCAAGGAAAGGAGCAGCUGGGGCCGUUAUUGUCCGCUCUUCACCCGCUCCCGGCUGCAGGCACCGCUUUAAUGUCAUUUUCUUCGGAAAGAGGGUGGGAAAGGGACAGGAAAAGAGCCCGAAAUCCCAGCCCCCACUGCUGGAAAGGCCCCCGCGAGCCCCAGCGCUGAGCCGCGGCGUUAACUGCCUUAACUCCCUUCCAGGCCCGAGGACAGGCGCUUUCCUCGGUCUGAGCUGUGACAAUAACAAUGACUUGGGCAUCGCACACGUGAAAGCGCUGGACAAUAAACUGUGCUCUGAGGCCUGCUUA